AUGGCCAAUAGACAUGCCUUGAUUGUGCCCGCUCUGAAGAAGCAUACCGCAACUGUCAUAAUGGCUCAUGGAUUGGGUGACAGCGGAGCUGGAUGGGUGUCGUUAGCUGAAAACUGGCGCCGGCGUGGCAAGUUUGAGGAGAUCAAAUUCGUCUUCCCCAAUGCGCCAAGCAUACCAAUUACAAUUAACGCCGGCUACGUGAUGCCCGGCUGGUACGACAUCACUUCGUUCAACGACCUCAACGCUGCUCACGAUGAGACUGGCAUUCUGCGGUCCCGCGGCGUGUUCAACAAGCUAAUCGCCGACGAGAUCGAAGCAGGGAUCCCGUCUAACCGUAUCGUCCUCGGGGGAUUUUCGCAAGGUGGCGCCAUGUCGCUCUUUACCGGUCUGACCACCUCGCAUAAACUUGCCGGCGUCUUUGGACUGUCUUGUUACCUACUUAUGGGCAACAAGGUCAAGACUAUCGCCGCCGAGGAGGCCAAGGAUGUGAACAAGGACACGCCGUUCUUUAUGGGCCAUGGCGACGCUGACGAGGUGGUCAAGUACCAGUGGGGCCAGCAGACGGCGGAUUUCUUGAAGAAGGAGUUGGGGGUACAGGUGGAAUUCAAAACCUACAAGAAUCUACCGCAUUCAGCUGCGCUAGAAGAGAUUGAUGACCUAGAGGCUUUCGUCACAAAGUGUCUACCCGAAGGCCAAGGAAAGUCUGAGCUUUGA